AUGAUCUUUAUCAAUGAAAUAAUCACAAUUCGACGUAAAUAUUAUGAGGAUUUUCGAGCAACGAAAUAUUAUGUUUAUGAAUUGUUCGACUCGCACGCGCUUUACCCCAUGAUAAUCGGAAGUGAAGAUGAAGAUACACCUUGA